AUGAAUGCCUCUCUCGGUCUGCGAUUAGCUUCGCAGCUUAUCUCCCGACCGUGCCUCUGCGCCGGCACCCGUUCCGUACCCCUCUACACCCCACUAUCCUCCUGUCUACGAGUAUCCACGACAUCUCGAACGAUAUGGACAUCUAUCCGAUCAAUUCCUCCAAAGCCUACCGUUGAAUCGUCAUUUUCGAAGAAAACUUCUCCUCUCACUCUUGUCCGUUCGGUUUCGUUCAACCGCCGUGCCCGUGCUAGUCCUCGAACCCGUCAAGCUCCAUCUCUGCCCGCCCCUCCAGAACCCACAAUUGCAAAACCCGCGACCAUAACAGGUGCCGAACAAGAACCAAUCCGUUAUGCAGAUUACGUCCGUCCCGAAGGUUCUUCCUCCGAAGAACCACUCCCACCACCACCAGUUUCUCCAGCCCAAAAGGCAACAUCACGGUACAUCUCCAUCUUCGGCGUAAUCUUCUUCGUCGUCCAUGUCCUCUGGUGGGCUCCUUACAUCUCCGGCUAUGCGCACGCAGAAGCGAAAGAAAGAUUAGGAGAGCUAGAAUGGUUCAACAGAUAUGUUACACCCUGGCAAACAUUCACCACCCGUUGGUUGACUUUCUCCCCGGUUGUCGCCCUCGAACGUCUCGGUCUCAUCAAUACAGGACCAACCGCCAAGGCAAUUGGAGGAAAGGAACCUUUCCUCACGAGUAUCGCGCAGUUUAUUCUUCCGACGGUAUCUCAUGCGCAAAUUUGGCAUUUGGCGUUUAAUUUCUUUGCGUUACAAGCUUUGGCUCCGACGAUGGUCAGGUACUAUGGGUUUAAACGUGCACUUAUCGCGUACCCACUCAUCGGAGGGUUGGGGUUGGCAUUAAUCGUAGUUAUCGAUCGGAUUACAAAUCCUUAUUCAAACAUGGAUAGAGCGGCAUCGAUAGCUCAAUACCGAGAAACCGACGGCAAAGUGAUUAAAGACAAAACGGGAUUCAAAGCUACAAAGGAAGAGGAGGAUAGGCAUUGGUUACUCGGACAACAUUGUAGACCUGCAUUGGGUGCGUCUGGUGUUUUGUCUGGGUUUUUAGCAAUCACUGCGAUUGUGAAUCCGAUGGCGAAGUUUGAGUUGAUGUUUAUUCCGAUUGGGAUCAGUGUUAGGACGUUGUUCAUGGGAUUUGUGACGUUUGAUUUGGUGGGGAUUGGGAUGAGGGGGGAGAGUAUUGGGAAUAUUGGACAUUUGGCGGGUGCUGUUGCCGGACUGGCGGUUUGGGCUUUGUGGUUGAGGAGAGUGAGGUUGCCGGAUGAGAUUAGAAGGCAGUUGAUGAUGGGUCUGAGGAGGAAGAAGAUGGGAUUGGAUUGA